CAAUGUCAACUAAUACGAAGAGGCAAUUUUGUAAUUGAGCAAGAUAAUAAGAAUUUUUAAAUGUAAAAUGGUAGAGAGAUAAUGAUAAAAAUUUUAAGGAAAUAAAAAAGUUGAACCGUUGCUCAGAAACUUGCGAGAAAAAGGGAAUCUAAUGGCCAUCACUAGCGCUGAUACGCGGGUGAAAGACGUGGGUGUACACAUACGAUACUGCAUAGUCAUCCACGCACGCAUACGUCUGCAAGCAUGCACCACUUAGAUGUGUAUGCAUCGUACCCCGCAGGAUAUUGGCCUAGACGCAGUGUGAUUGGCCGAUCAUGCAACCAGGGGCGACGAUGCCUCUGCAAGACUCCUUGUGCGUGCUAUUCAGUGGCGUAACUUUGCCAUCUGUAUGUUUUUUAGCUUUUUUACGCCCUUUGAAGUCGAACUUCAAUAUUAUACAUACUAUAUAGCACAAUUUAAACUAAUAAAAUAGUAUAAUAUUGCAGAAAAUAUGAAAUUAAAAUUGCAAGUCAUUAUCAAUAUAAACUAUCAUAGUUUAAAAUCACAUUCAUAAUAUCUUAAUUUGCCUCAUUUGUGAAACUAAUUCAUCUUUAAUGAAUGGAUAAUGAGUAGCGAUAGAGGCAUACUGCAAAUUGUUAUUUGUUAUUAAUAAUACAAUAAUAAUCAAUUAAUAUAAGUUAUUAUUAGAUUCAACAAAUUUUGGUUUCUAAAAACUAGCAAGAUUUGCAGUUAAAUAUCUAGAAAUUCACUGAAACACUAGUUUCUCUAGAUUACCAACAGACUAUGGUUCGCAUAAUCUACUCAUUAAACAAACUUGUUAAUCGCCUAGCUAUUUCGUUUCUGUUGGACAAAGUUAUUUCGUUAAUCGCGUUGAUCGUUCCCGGGUAUUGUUCACUUCUUGCUAAUGCAUUUCACUCAUUAAUGAUACGUCAUUUAAAAGUCCUAACUGGAAUAUUUCGCAUAAAGGGACGUCAGUUACGCCAUUGGAUAUACGCACACAAUGACGACAGACGAGUCACGAACGCACACGAAUGAACACCCCUAUGCGAGGAAAGCCAUGACCAGCUCGGCCUAGUGCGUCUUCCACGCACGGCUCGUCAGUGGUCGCCGAGUAGGCCGUGGGAGAGGGUUUCUAAAUACGUUAAAGCUUGCCUUUGCUACGGGUGUGCACUCGUAUCGUAUCGACUAGCGACGUCGUUGCUUUCAAAGAUACUAUAAUCAUCAUCAGGAAUGCACCAAACCUCGAAAGAAACUAAUGCGACGAUUGCAAAAACAAAGCUUUAGUGAAGAUAUAUAAAUAUCGAAUAAUAAACAUCUCAAGAAAGACAAGGAUAAACAUUUGGAUAGCAAUAGAAGAUAAAAACAAAACAACAGUAGAAGACGAAGAUAAGAACUUUUGUGGGUGAAUUUUGUUUUUGUAAAUGAGACCGUGUACAUGAUCUGUUUGCAAAAUAAGGAUUGGCUAUUACUGGUGAAGAUUAAAGAGAUGUGAAGAGAUUUGUUUUGAUCGGCGGUUUCGCGUAUACACGCGCUUCCGCACGCUAUGUGCAGUCACUAGGGGUUGGUUUCUUUACGGCAACGUUUCUGUCGACUCGUUUAAACGAAAUUGAGUUACUAAUGCGAGUGCACACAUAUGCUAACUAAUCGUACAUCUCCUAACGUACUACUCGGCGGCCAUUUGAACAGUUUCGCCGUGCGGCGCCAGAGUUUUGGAAAUAACCCACUUUGCUGAUUGAGUUAACCGAAAUGGCGAGUACCUCGCAGCAGUACUGCUUGCGCUGGAACAAUCACCGUUCUAAUUUACUGACAGUGUUCGAUGAGUUGCUGCAAAAUGAGGCAUUCACCGACGUGACUUUGGCAGUUGACGGAGGUGCGUCUGUCAAAUGCCACAAGAUGGUCCUAGCAGCAUGUUCCUCCUACUUCCAAACUCUGUUCAUUGACUUACCAUGCAAGCAUCCUAUCGUCGUAUUGAAAGACGUGAAGUAUUCUGAGAUCAAAGCCAUCCUGGAGUAUAUGUACCGAGGCGAAGUCAACGUGGCUCAAGAGCAAUUGGCUGGUUUAUUAAAAGUCGCGGAAGUACUAAAGGUGAAGGGGUUGGUUGAAGAAAAUGGCUCCCAGGGUCGUCGUGAAGAGGUUGAGACCUCUAUGUCACCUCCACCAGCCAUAAGCACCAGUACAACCAGUAGCGCAGCUCACAGUAGUGAUCAUACGUCUCCUCCACAUUCCACGGGGACUACUUACGAUAUUUAUGGCAAAUCACCAGCAGAUAGAAGUAGCCGUUUACCGCUGCCAAUGUGGCCUCUGCCAGGGAUUCCCAUCACUCAUUCCAGCUCCAGUCACCAGACGGCGACACAUCAACAUUCUGCCAUGUUAAGCGGGUCAUCAUCCAUUUUAACCGGUUUUGAGACUUCUCCAUUGAAACGCAGGAAACUCUCAAAUAUGUUAAUGAACAGAGACACACCGAUUCUCAGAACGGUAUUGGGUCAAGGUCACGCGGAUAGUUCCCAAGGGAUUCCCCUCUUACACCCAGAUAGCCAUGAAAAUCAGUUCAGAAGCAACAGUAAUGGCUCCUCGAAUGAGAAUGACAGACGCAGUAGUACGGAUGUAGUUCAUGGGGAUCCUGCACAUAGUCCUUAUACUGAUGUGUCUAUAAUGGAUGAAGACGAUAAGCAAGCAUCGCCACAGUCAUAUAUUCCAGACAUUAAACCAGGGAUGGUUAACUACGUACCAGCACAAAAGCCAGAAUGGAAACGGUACAAGCAAUACACGAGGGACGACAUAAUGUCUGCGAUCGAAGCAGUACGUUCGGGAAUGAGUGCCCUCCAGGCGGCACGUAAGUAUGGAGUACCCUCUCGAACUCUUUACGAUAAGGUGAAAAAGCUAGGAAUCACGACAUCACGACCAUUUAAACGUGGCUCGAAUGGUAGUGGCGCCUGUUUUCCUUAUGGAAUCGGUGGUAACGCAAAUGGCAACAUCUACAGCGGUGCCCUCUCGGAAAACGAGAACGAGAGUGGCAGUGUGAUCGAGGGUUCCGGAUCUAUCCUCGAUGCGUAUAAGUCGAGAGACGGUCUUGUAGACCGGGAGAUGUUGGACGUCAGUCGUUGUACCUCUAGCCCCAUAGUGCAUUCCGUGAAACAGCAGAACAACGAAGAUCAGGUCGAAGAUCUCUCUAUAAGUCGUAAAUCGGAUGUUCGUGUGAUAGUCCCUCCACCCUCAGUGAUCAAGGACGAGGAAGAUAUUGGCUCUGAUUCGUGUAGUCACAAUUAACCUAGGUUUACUAUCUUACCUCUCAUGGUCACCGAAUGAUAUCUCUGACAGAUAUUAAACGUACUAUUACUAUAUGAAAAUUAUUCGGAAUGUUUCUAGAUAAUUUAAGGCUAUUGGAUUUUACAAAAAAUUAUACGCAAGUAUCCGUGGUGUCCUGUGAAACGAAAAUACGUUCCAGCUUCGUAAUAUAACGAAUUAAAAAAAUUACUCUAUAUUUGACGGAGAUCCGGUUGUUCGUUUCACGGGAGAGCAUACCCCUAGAGACAAUCACAGGGUGUGUGUGUGUGCCUCAGAGAAAGUGACAAGGCGAUAUAAAUGGAUUAAAAAACGCAACCAAACAGAAGCCAAUUAAGUAAGUCAGCGUUUAACAAAUGACUCAGGGAUCAAUAAUAGAGUGUCGUCGCAACAGUAAGUCAUAGAACAUACGUAUAUACAUAAGGAAUCUGGUAUAUGAGGUUCUUCUCAGAUUACCUUGCACAAGACUGAUUCAUGCGUUAUGAGUUCAAGAGACUGAAGUAUAAUCAACGAUUGUGUUCCGAAGUUGUUAAAGCCUAAUGCUAAUAAGGAAUAUAGUGCCUUCUCAUAUUAAUGUACUUUAACAAUUUAAAAGAAAGUAUCAGUAGUUCAUUAAAAUUGAAUGAAAGAAUGAAUUAAAUGAAAAGGAAGAAAAACAUUGCAAAUGUUCUUACUGGAAUAUUUAAUGAAAUUGACUACAUUUAUAUAUACAUACAUACAUAUAAUAUAUAUAUAUUUUUGUUUUUUUAGCUUAUUUUAAUUUGUGAAGUCUUGAAGAAAUGCGUUUUGAGCAGAUUUAUCGCGGAAAUGGGCAUUUGAUAAUACGCGGAAGAUCUUCGAGAUUUUGCAAACUAAUUUCGAAUCGCAUUAAGCUUUAAACACUUUUGAACUAGUGAAUAUAUAUAUUUGUUUUUUUUUUUAAUUCAGUGUAAUCAUUGUGAUUCGAUAUUCUCAUUUUUUUCUCAUCUAGCAAUCUACAUAGUAGUAGUAUUUUAUAAUCUUCAACGAUUUUUAUAGAAUAUAAAUGCCGCGUGAAAGAAAGUGGUAAGAAGAGUGUAUAUUGUUUUAAUGAUUUUGUUUUUAAUUCUUUUUUUUCUUUUAAGAGAGAUUUUCUAUCUUUAGCAUUAAAUGCUGUCACUAAGACAUAGAUUAUAUAUACAAACUAUAUAUUAUGUACAUGUAUACAUAUAUAUACACAUAUGUAUACAUGUAUAUGUCUGUAUAUAUAUACAUAUUAUAUAUAUAUAUAUAUAUAUAUAUAUAUUUUGAAAAAGCAAAAAGAAAGAAAAAAAAGGGGAUAGAGUUAUACACUUCGAAUAAUUUCGUGUUAUUGACUGAUGAUAUCGCUGUUAAUUUGUUGCUAAUUAUAAGAAUACAUUAGCGUUACUGAUCAAUGGCCCUGGGAUACAGCUGCAAUAUUGCUCAAUAUUAAUGCAUAAUAACAUACAAAUGAAUUACCUCUAAAUAUUAAUCCAUAAUAACAUGGAUUAAUACUACCUCGAAAUAUUAAUACAUAAUUGCACGGAACGAACUACCUCAUUGUACAACGAACAAUAGUGUUCAUUAUUAACAUUAAGACUGAUAGAGCCGAAUCUACAUUAUUAUAUAUAUUGUCUGCUAUAUUAUAUUAUAUCAUAUUACCUACGUAUAGAUAGUGAAGUAAAAUUUGAAAAUAGAUUUAAGCACUUUUUAUUUUUCAGUUAUAAUUCUUUUCACUGAAACAUGUUACUGAAAUACAAAGUGCAGAGUGAAAAAUUUUGGAAGUAUUCAUUUCUUUGUUAAUAAUAUUAAAAUAAAACGAAAAACAGAAUUUGAUAAAACAAUCAUUCUGAGUGAACAUGGAGAAAAAUAUAAACGCAAGGCAACGUAUUUUCACAGAGAAUACCGUACUUUAUAGAAAAAAGUUGCGGGAAUGAGUGAUAUCCAAUGUGUGGCGAAUAUUAUGUUUAAUAAUUAUUCCAAAUCAACAAAUAUCAAUUAAUCGAUAUUAAUUAAUAAUAAUUUAGAUAGCUUUGUUUAAAAAUUUAUAGACCAAACGACCAUUUGAAAUUUUUCUGUCCUCCCGCACUGGGUUGUUAUUGGUUACUUUUUUCGCGGGAGAACAACUUUACACAGUUGGUAGUAGGGUGUGCUGUUUGGAGAAUUAUUUAAUAGUGGUGACGAAUAACACGAAGUUGUAAUUUCACCUGAAUAUUUUGCUUUCUAUUUUUACAGCAUUUUAUUAUUAUAACGAUAGAAUUGUAGAAUAAUGAAAAAUUGAAUACAAUCAAAUGUCUCAAAGCACUCGAGUGUCAGAUGAAAUGAUAAUUUCUUGUUACUAUUACAUAUAAUAAAAUCAUCACACUGUACCUGUACUCUGAUCGCGAUGCGAUUAUAAAAUAGAGAAAUAAUGUUUAUACAGAAUGUUUUAGAAAUCAUGGCACAAUGAUAAUAAAGCGACGAUUUAUUGUGGUCUUAAGUGGAUAGACUGCGGAUUUUUAUGCAUUUAUGAGAAAUUUGGAGGCGCAAAAAUACACAAAAUGUAUACAGAAAAUGUAUAUAUACAAAUGUGUGUGUGUGUGUGUGUGUGUGUGUGUGUGUGUGUGUGUGUGUGUGUGUGUGUGUACAUAUAUAUAUAUAUUCUGUAUAUAUACAGAAAUAUACUUUUAAUGUGACUGGUAAGAGAAUAUAAAUCAGAAUUAUUAGUUUUUCAGAGAAGCACUUAUAAUAUUUGAAGUGCAAUAUAAGACCAAGUGUUAGAUUUUGGAUAUACUAUUAGAAUGAUAAGCAAAUGACAGUAAUGUCAAUUAUAUUAGCGUAAAAUAUCGAAAAUAGAAUGUUUAUUCUAAUAUUUAGCAGAUGGAACAAAUUCCUAUUUAAGUUUUAUUUCUGCAGUUAUGUUCAUAAAAAUACAAAAAUGCAUAAGAACCAACAAUCUAUAAACGAAGAAACUUUAUUCUAUACUUCUAACUUAUUUCACGUAGAAUAAAUGCUGACUGUUUACUCCUACCAGUAAUUAGUCAAGUUCACAUAAUCAAAUUUUUAAAUUUGAUUUUAUUGAAAACAAAGUGCCGUGUGUAAAAAUGUCAUUCCAUAUUCUCGAUUUAUUGACGCACGUAGUAUUCCUUCCUGUACCAUGAUUAUUAGAACACCUUGUAUAAAAAAAUGACUGAUUUCAAUAUAGACAAAUAUUGAGGCCAUAUUGUAGCGAUAGAGAGAAAUAUUAAAAUUGAAAAGGAUAGAAAUAUAUAACAAUGCCGAAAUAGAUAUACAUAUAAGAUGCCUAAUCAGACAAAAAAUAGUUUAACUGAAGCAAAUAUUUAGACUGAGAUAUAUUUAAAAGACUAUACAAUGUGUUCAAAACAAAGAGAGAAAGUAUAUAGUUGUAAAUUAAAAGUGCAAGGUGCUCAAGAACAUAUCAAUGAAUUUCAAAAUUCGCGCUCGAAGAUGUCGUUAACAAUUUCUGCACAGAAUAAUGAACUUAUCGAAGAAAAGAGGUAGAAAACAACAAAUUGAAUAUUAUUAUUUAACAAUAAUUAAUGUAUAGAAAAUUGUGAAAUCAUUCGAAUGGUCUAAAUCAAAAUUAUAAAAAUGAUUUAACAUAAAGUGUUAUGGGUUUUCUUACUUAUAUGAUAUAAAUUUUAAACGGUACAUAAACGCAAUUUUCGAUGCCUUACAAAAUUAAAAUAAAGAAUUUUAAUUACAAUAAUCGUCAAGUUAAGAUUGUACAUAAUCAU